AAUCUUUAUCCUAUCCCCCUCAUCUGUUUCUCCAGUCCGCUAAAUUUCGCCGGUGACGAUGGCGGCGCACGCGACGGCGGCCCACUCCCGUCUCCUCCUCCCACGCGUCGCCUCCGCUCCCGGGGCGUCAUCGAAUCGGAGAGCCUCCGCGAUCCGAUGCGUGAGCGCGGCCCCGGAGGAGGACCAGAAGACGAGCGGCAGGGUCGCGACGGUGAAGAACAGCGGCGACUCGCUGAUGAUAUGCCGCGUUCUCAACGGCAUGUGGCAGACUAGCGGCGGGUGGGGCCGCAUCGACCGCGACGACGCCGUCGAGGCCAUGCUCCGCUAUGCCGACGCUGGCUUGUCCACCUUCGACAUGGCCGACCACUAUGGACCUGCAGAGGAUUUAUAUGGCAUUUUCAUCAAUAGAGUUCGCCGGGAGCGCCCUCCGGAGAUGCUCGAGGAGGUCAGGGGGCUCACCAAAUGGGUGCCUCCUCCUGUCAAAAUGACCAGCAACUACGUGCGAGAGAACAUCAACGUCUCACGGAAGAGGAUGGAUGUCUCGUGUCUUGACAUGCUUCAGUUCCACUGGUGGGAUUACUCCAAUCCUGGUUACCUUGAUGCCUUGAAACACAUAACUGACCUGAAAGAAGAAGGUAAAAUUAAAACCGUGGCUUUGACGAAUUUUGAUACCGAACGCUUGCAUAUAAUUCUUGAAAAUGGAAUACCAGUAGUUAGCAACCAGGUACAACAUUCCGUGGUGGACAUGCGCCCUCAGCAGAGAAUGGCUGAACUGUGUCAGCUAACAGGCUUGAAACUUAUAACAUAUGGGACUGUAAUGGGUGGUCUCUUGUCGGAGAAAUUUCUGGAUGCCAAUGUGUCGAUUCCAUUUGCUGGCCCUCCUUUGAACACCCCAUCCUUGCAGAAGUACAAAAGGAUGGUUGAUGCGUGGGGAGGAUGGAGUCUCUUCCAAGUUCUGCUUCAGACUAUGAAGAAAGUGGCUUCCAAGCAUGGAGUCUCAAUUCCUACUGUUGCUGUGAGAUACGUACUGAACCAGCCAUCAGUUGCUGGAUCCAUGGUGGGUGUUAGACUUGGCCUCUCGGAGCAUAUUAAGGACACAAACGCCAUAUUCUCACUCGAGUUGGAUGAUGAAGACAUGAACAGCAUCACUGAAGUAUCGAAGCAAGGAAGGGAUUUGCUUAAAGUGAUUGGUGACUGUGGUGAUGAGUACAGACGAAUAUGAGCAUAUUUUGACUUGAUUACAUAUUCGCGUGUACGGUCAAAUUUAUUGGAUAUGUUAAGCGCCAAGCUUCUAUCUCUAGAGAAAUGUCGUGGACAUCGACCCUAUUUGGAUCAUGAAUCGAUGCAAUUCUAAAGCAAAACUACACACA